AUGGUGCUCAGUCUUCCUGGCCGUCUCAUCGAUCGCGACGAGCGUACACGCAAGAAACCGAUGCGUAUUCUUGUCCUCGGCAUGUGCCGCACAGGAACCACUUCCGUCUCCGUCGCCCUACGCAAAUUGGGUUACACACCGCAUCAAAUGCGUGAAGUUCUGAUGAAACCAAAGGAUCUAUCGCUCUGGCAAGAAGGCAUCAACGUGACUCUGGUCGCACCAAAAGACCGUCCGGUUAGCUUGCGCAAUCAAGCACCAUAUGGAAAAGCCGAGUUCGACAAGCUUCUUGGCGAAUACGAUGUCGUUAUGGACGUUCCAGGAUGUGUAUUUGCGAGAGAGCUGAUUGAGGCAUAUCCGGACGCGAAGGUCAUUUUAACGACGCGGGGCUAUGCGAGUUGGGAAGCAAGCAUGCAGGACAGCAUUUGGUGCUUGUGUACGUGGCGCUUAUUCGCAAUGGCGAGAUACUUCAACGUCACCCAAAUGGCGCCAUUGAUAAAACUCAUGCAUUCUAUCUUCAAAGCGCAUAAUGGAAACACGUACGGUGGACCAGGAUCGAAGGCCGCUUACGAAAACCAUUACAACACUGUACGGACCAUUGUGCCCAGAGAUCAACUACUUGAAGUCGACCCAGAUACGAUGACGUGGGACCCAUUGUGCAAAUUCCUGGACCGCCAAGUCUUCAAGGAGCCGUUUCCGAGGCUGAAGGACGAGAAAGCAAUGCGACAAUACUUGGAAAAUGCCUGGUGGGGCAUGGUGCAGUAUUGUGUGCUGAUGCUUGUUCUGCCUUUUAUCGCGUACAACUUGGAAGAGCUGAAGCAACCAUGA